UCCUCAUGGCAGGACUCAGACAUGUUCUUCUAUUUAAAACCGAGGUUGAUGGAGGUCUCAACAGAGACCCGAAUGCAGCAGAUGACGGGUCGCAGACUGGUAGUCUUCCCACUGCCCUUGCAAGGCCACAUAAACCCCAUGCUUCAGCUAGCAAACAUCCUCCACUCCAGAGGUUUCAAUAUCACUGUAAUUCACACCCAAUACAACUCUCUCAAUCCUUCCAAAUACCCACACUUCACCUUCCGCCCCAUUUCCGAUGGCUUGCUGGAAACCCCGCCUUCCACAGAACGUGGCAGAGAUUUGUUAACACUCCUCAACGUCAACUGCGUCGCCCCCUUUCGCGAUUGCUUGGCUCAGUUGUUGUCUAGUGUUUCGGAGGAGCCCAUUGCUUGCUUAAUCACAGAUGCUAUCUGGCACUUCACUCAAGCUGUUGCUGAUGGCCUUAAGCUCCCUAGGCUCGUGUUACAUAGCGGUAAUAUUUCCUUUCUUGCUUUUGCUGUCCAUCCAUUUCUGAGGGAGACGGGUUUCCUCCCAAAGCAAGAUUCACAAACAGAAGAACCAGUUGAAGCGCUUCCUCCACUAAAAAUUAAAGACUUUCCGACGAUGGACAUAGCAAACCCAGAGGAUGAUUUAUAUAUGCUAAUAGAUGGCAUGGUAAAAGCAAACAAGGGUUCUUCCGGAUUCAUUUGGAACUCCUUCAAAGAACUUGAACAACCAGCACUGGCCACACUUCGCCGACGUUCUAUCGUCCCACUCUUCCCUAUAGGCCCAUUUCAUAAAUACUUUCCAGCCUCCUCAAGUAGCUUAUUAGCACAAGACCCAAGCUCCAUUUCUUGGUUAGACACACAAUCACCCAAGUCAGUAAUAUAUGUGAGCUUUGGGAGUCUUGCAACAUUUGAUGAAACUGAAUUCUUGGAGAUGGCUUGGGGACUAGCCAACAGCAUGCAGCCGUUUUUGUGGGUGGUUCGACCAGGACUAAUACCUGGCUCAGAAUGGCUUGAACCACUGCGAAAUGGGUUCCUGGAGGCUGUGAGUGGAAGGGGACAUAUUGUGAAAUGGGCUCCCCAACAAGAAGUGCUGGCUCAUCCGGCCACAGGAGGCUUUUGGACUCACAGCGGAUGGAAUUCAACGUUGGAGAGCAUUUGUGAAGGAGUUCCGAUGAUCUGUUCCCCUCGUUCCAAUAACCAAAUGGUGAGUGCAAGAUAUGCAAGCGAUGUUUGGAGAGUCGGGGUGCAAUUGGAGAAUGGGUUGGAAAGAGUUGAUGUGGAAAGAGCAAUCAGAAAACUAAUGGUGGAGAGUGAAGGGGAAGAGAUGAGAGAGAGAAUAAUGUGUUUGAAGGAAAAGGCAGAUCUUUGUCUAAGGGAAGGUGGCUCUUCAUACCAAUCCCUAGAGAGCUUGGUUAAUUACAUAUUUUCAUUCUAAUCUUAUUCACAUUUGUUUGAUUAAUCCAUUGUGCUUUUAUACCAUUGUACUCGGAAGCCAACUGGCUCGCUAUCUAUGAAUAAAGGAGGCAAUUUUCUU